AUGAGAGUCAGUAUUUUUAAAUUUGCUUUUUUUUCAAUUAUUAUUUGUUCUUUUGAAUAUGUCCAAAAUGAAUUAUACUUCAUAUACGAGAGAAACAUAUAUAUUGAAAGGAAUAUAAUAAAUUUUAAAAAUAAUAGGAUAUUAACAGAUGCAGACAGUCAAUUCGAUUUAAAUGAUUUUUAUCAAUCAUCUUCGAGUCUUGAAAGCCAAUUUAAUGGAUGCAAUGGUGAUUACGAAGAAAUAAAAAAUCUUCAAGAUAUUAUAGAUUCCCAUAUAAAGAAGCGUGAAGAAAGUAAUACAACACACAUAUUAAAUAAUGCAAAUGAGGAAACGAAAAAAAUAAUUCAGGAACUUCGAAAAGAAUUAGAAGAAGCAAAAAAACAACUUGAUAGUAUAAAUAGUAAUGAAUUAGAAAUACAACCGAUACAUAAUAAAAGAAAGGUAAAAAAAGAGGAAAAUAUUUCUGCAUCAGAACAUGAAAAUAUUUUAGAGAGGGAAAAUGAUAAUUUUGAAAAUAAAUAUGAUGAAAUUGCAUCAAAUGAUAUUUAUAAGGAAAUACAAAUUAAUAAAAAUCCAAAAAAAAAAUUAAAAAAAAAUGUUAAAAACAGGGAGACGGGUUUAGUAAGUUUUUCGAAUAUAAUAAAGUCAAAAUCGUGGCACUUAGUAUUACUACUUACACCGAAGGUAUUUUCCUCAAUUAAGAACUUUUGGAAAAACUUAAAAAUUUUCACUAAAAAAUCUAAAAAAUCUAAAUAA